AUGGGAUACAUCAAGCAGAUAACGAUCCAGGGCUUCAAGAGCUACAAGGAGCAAAUGCAAAUCGAACCUUUCUCGCCCAACUGCAAUGUCGUCGUUGGUCGCAAUGGAUCUGGAAAGAGUAACUUCUUUGCUGCUGUGCGCUUCGUGCUGGGCGACGAUUACCACAAUUUGGGUCGUGAAGAGCGUCAGGCGCUGCUACACGAGGGAUCUGGUUCAGCCGUCAUGUCAGCAUACGUGGAAGUAUGCUUUGACAACACAGAGGACCGCUUCCAGACUGGCAAGCCCGAAUUCUUCUUGCGCCGGACCAUUGGCGCAAAGAAAGAUGAGUACUCGGUCAACCGCAAGAACGCUACUAAAUCCGAGGUCAUGCAGAUUCUUGAAUCUGCUGGCUUUUCACGGUCAAAUCCAUACUAUAUCGUUCCGCAGGGUCGUGUUACGGCGCUCACCAACAUGAAGGAUUCUGAGCGCUUGAAAUUGCUGAAAGAAAUCUCCGGUUCCAAUGUAUACGAAGAGCGACGCGCAAACAGUUUAAAGCUACUAGCUGAGACCGAGAACAAAUGCUCCAGCGUUGACGUUGUAAUCGAAUCCAUCAACGGGCGUCUAAAUGAACUCGAAGGUGAGAAGGAGGAGUUGGAGGCGUGGAGCAGGAACGACAGGGAGCGCCGGUCGUUGAUGUACGUACUGAAGUCGCGCGAAGAAGCCGAUCUGGAGGCCUUGAUCGAGAACAUUGAUCACCUCGAAAACCAGGGUCGUGAGAUGAAAGAGAGCAACGAGGCAGCCUUUGUUCAAACCGAGGCCGACAUUGCGCAAAUCGACAUGGACAUCAACCGACGCAAAGGUGACCUAGACGUCCUUCGAGAGGAUCGUGUGCAGUCUGAACAGGAACGCAAGUCGGCGACACUGGAAAAGGCCAAGAUCGAGCUUGAGCUCAAGGCAUUGCAAGACAACCAGUCAGUCACCCAGCGAACGAGGAAAUCGCGGGACACGCAGAUCAAAUCGCUCCAACAGCAAAUACGCGCACGAGAGGUAGAGCUCAAGCAGCUGCUUCCUCAAUACAAUGCCAAGAAGGAAGAGGAGGAAGCUGUCAGAUCGCAAUUGCUCGAAGCUGAGGGCCAACAGAAGCGGCUGGAGGAAAAGCAAGGUCGUACAGCAUUCUACACGACCAAGCGACAGCGAGAUGACGCAUUGCGUGCUCAGAUUGAGGCUGCCAACGCCGACCUCAGCCGCCGCAAAGCUGUGCUCAUGCAGACCAACGAGGAGAUUACUCAGUUGGAGAGCGAUGUCGAGCGUCUUGAGAAUGAGAUUGCUGAACUCAGGUCAAACAUCGAGAGCGAGGGAGACGCAAGUGUCAAUCUUGCGGCCAAGGUUGAGCAAGCGAAAGACGCCUACAAAGCUGUACACGAUGAGCAGACGAGUCUCUACCGAGAAGAGAACAGAGUCAACACUCAACUUACAAACUCACAAGCCGAGCUUCGGAAAGCGGAAAGUGCCUUCUCCCGGCUACUUGAUCAUGGCACAAGCCGGGGGCUGGAGUCUCUCCGUCGGUACCAAAAAGAAGGAGAACUGGAGGGAGUACAUGGCACCAUCGCAGACCUGCUCGAUGUCAGCAACGACUACAGGGCCGUCACUGAAGCAGCAGCUGAGGGUGCACUCUUCAAUGUUGUUGUGGAUAACGACGAAGUGUCCACGAAGCUGAUCGACAGGCUUAUCAAGGACAAGGGCGGACGUAUUACUUUUAUUCCCCUCAACCGCAUUCGGACUCAUGACUUGGACCUUCCUGCGACCGGCGACAUGCAGCCGCUGCUACCGAAGCUGAGGUAUGACGAGAGAUUCGAGGAUGCUUUCAGGCAUGUGUUCGGCAAGAUCGUGGUCUGUCCUGACCUGACUGCCUGCAAGAAGAACGCAAAGCAAUACAACGUCCGUGCGUAUACUCUCGACGGAGAUAACGCCUCACGGAAGGGACAGUACCGAGGUGGUUACCACGACAUGUCUAAGUCCAAGAUUCGGGCUUAUCAAGCACUGGCCGAAAUCCGCACUCAGCACGACGAGUUGCAGCAGCGGAAGCGGGACAUCGCUAUGGAACUCGAGCAAAAGCGUCAGCAGCUUACCGCAGCACUAAGCGAGGUUCGCAGACGGGAACACGAAAAGGACAAGGGCGAGAACAGCUACGCGCCCAUGCGAGAAGAAGUACGCGUGAAGCAGAGGAUUCUGCGAGAUACCCAGGAUAGCCUCGCGAGGAAACAGACAACCGCUUCGUCGUUACAAUCAACAAUCAACCAGCUAGGCGCGCAACAGAGCGACUGGGAGGCAGAAAUUGCUUCCAAAUUCGAGAAGGCACUGUCAAAUGAUGAGGAGCAGAUGUUGAUCACGUUACGGAGUACUGUGCAAGACCUGAGGCGGCAAUUUGCGCGAACAAAAGAAGAGCGCGCCACGCUAGAAACUCGGAAAGACGAGGCUGAGCUGGAUCUCAACGAGAACUUGCAGCCAGCGCUGGAUGAUAUCCAAAUACAGCAGGGUGGCGCAAGCGGCUCUGCUGGCCAGUCAACCCGGUUACGAGAAUGCGAACGAGCACUAGAUGCAGUCAAUCAAACCAUCGCGAACCUUGAUCAACAGAUACAGGAGAUCGACGCUCAGAUCGAAGACAUCCGAGCCCAGUUGAGCGAACUGGAGGACGCAAGAAACGAAAAGGAGACUAGCAAUCGACAGUUAGCAAAGACAAUGGCGAGACAAGAGCAGGCCAUGUCCAAGAAGGACUCGGAUCGUAGCCGCCAUACAGACCGAUUGGCAGAGGUCAAGCGGGAUAUCCGAGAUUUGGGUACUCUUCCUGAAGACGUCGAUCGGAAGUACACUCGAUGGGACACUACCAAGGUCACUAAAGAACUUACCAAAGCCAACCAAGCCCUCAAGAGCUUCGCGCACGUCAACAAGAAAGCUUUCGAACAUUAUGAGAACUUCACACGCCAAAGACGCACCCUUACAGAACGCCGCGCCGAACUCGACACAUCGCGCAAAUCCAUUGAGAACCUCAUCGACGUGUUAGACCAACGCAAAGACGAAGCCAUCGCCCGAACCUUCAAACAAGUCGCCGCCGCCUUUGGCGAAGUCUUCCAACAACUCGUGCCCAUCGGCCGCGGCCGUCUAAUCAUCAACCGCAAAUCCGACCGCGAUGCACGAGGCGACAUAUCCGACGAUGACGACAUGGAAGAAGAAGAGACACAAGGCAAGAAGAGCAAAGUCGAAGAGUACACAGGUGUCAGCAUCGCCGUAUCCUUUAACAGCAAGCACGACGAGCAGCAAAAGAUUGGCCAACUCUCUGGUGGUCAAAAGUCGCUCUGCGCACUCGCCCUCAUAUUUGCUAUCCAAAAGUGCGACCCUGCACCCUUUUACCUCUUUGAUGAAAUCGAUGCCAAUCUUGAUGCGCAGUACCGUACUGCUGUUGCGCAGAUGCUGGAACGAUUGAGUGGUCAGGGUGGUAAGAACAAGGAUGGAGGAGGCCAGUUCAUCUGUACGACCUUCAGACCUGAGAUGGUGCAUGUGGCGGAUCGAUGUUAUGGUGUUACCUAUACGAACAAGACGAGUAGCAUUGAUGUUGUUGAUAGAAAAGCGGCGCUUGAGUUCGUCGAGGGUAUGCAGAAGGCAUAG